AUGAGUAACAAGGCAUCACCAGCGGAGCUGAAGGCCCGCAAGAGAGAAGACUAUCGUUUCUUCCUUGACUACCGCACGCGAUGGAACGACAAUGACAUGUAUGACCACAUGAAUAAUUCAGUUUAUAACUUUCUAUUUGAUUCUGUUAUCAACGCAUACCUCAUUGAGAAUUGCAGUCUCCAUCCUCCCACAGCACCACAGUUUGGCAUGUGUGUGCACACCCACACAGACUUCUUCGCGUCUAUUGCGUAUCCUGCAGUCGCCGAGAUUGCCUUGCGCGUCAACAAGCUCGGCCGAUCCAGUGUGACGUACGAGACUGCCCUCUUCGAGAAGGGCGUGGAUGAGGUAAAGGCUGUAGGAGAGUUUGUGCAGGUUUACGUUGAUCGAGCGACGAACAGACCACUAAAGGAUGGCAUGGGACAAUCGCUCCGAGAUGAGCUACAGAAGCUGCUUGUUGACCAAGGUGAACCCACAAAGUCCAAGCUAUGA